AUGACGCUCGCUAUUGGCACGGCGCAAGUGCACAAGUUUAACUGGAAUGGGGUUUAUGAUGCUGAGACGCAUUAUAAUCGCGCUAUGACGAGGUUGGCUGAUGUGCUGGCGAGAGAUGGGAUUGAGAGGCUGCAGGCGCUGUUGUUGGUGUGUCAGUAUAGAAUGGGCACGACGUCGAGUAAUACCACGACUAGUGUUUGGCACCUCAUUGGUGUUGCGGCGAGGACGUGUCUUGAGAUGGGGCUGCAUCGAGCAGCGACUUAUGCGCUUCCGGGGACGUUGGAUGAGGCGGGUAGGAAGGUGAAGGAGGAGGAGAUGGAGACUAAGAGGAGAUGUUUCUGGAGUCUUGUUGCGCUAGAUCGUGUGACGAGUCUGGCUCUUGGGAGACCAUUGGCUCUACAGCUUGAAGAUAUAGACGUUGAUCUCCCCCCUUCGUCGACAGCAGAUCAACUACCCGAGGACAGCAGCCCUCUCUCAUCAGCACCUUACGGAACGCCGCAAUACCGCGCCGCGACCUCUGUGUUCGUGCACAUCGUCCGCUACCGCCUCAUCUGCGGGAAGAUCAUAAACGCCCUGCACCGAAGCGCCAAACAUGUCAUGUUCCCGAACACAAGCUACGAGGAAAUGCGAACAGCUUUAGCCAAGGAGUUACAAGAAUGGCAUACCGAAACAGCGAACCUUCCCCUUGUCAAGAGUGACACAGCUGCUUCCCCGCCGGUCUAUCAUACAUCUUCGCCCUACGCCAUCACUUCUCUGGUUCAGAGCCCCAGCGCGCGAGGUUACAUACAACACCAACGAUCAACCAAGUAG